UCAGACUGCAAUAUCCAAUAAAUGGUAGUAUUUCCAUUUAAUUGCAGGUUUUAUCCUCCAUAUGGUCCUGGAAAUUUUUCAUCACAGAGACCACUUGCUCCCACAGAUCCUAUAAAUACAAACGUGCCACUCAGCUUGCCACUACCUCGUGAACAGAGAAAGGUCUUUGUGACAUAUGCAACAGAUAACGACAAACAUGUUGGGGAGGUCAUCAACUUUGUUGCUUUAUUGAUGACCAAUGGAUUUGAAACUCAGAUUGAUAUCUUUGAGCAGAAUUUCAGAAGUAUAAACAAAAUUGACUGGAUGGAAAGAUACAUCAACGAUAAAGGAUACCUGAUCAUUAUCAUCAUCAGCCCUAAAUAUUAUCAAGCCGUUACAUCUCAGAACUUAAAAGAUGAUGAGCAUUCUUUGAAUUCAGUCUUUAUUUACAAACAGCUCCAAAACGAAUUUAUUCAGAAUGGAAGCAAGAAUUUCAGAUUUGUUCCUAUUAUUUUUCCAGGCGCCUCCAUGAAACAUGUUCCUUCAUGGCUUCAAAAUACACACGUCUACAAUUGGCCAGUGCAGAACCAAGAUAUUCUACGGCGGUUGAUGCGUUUGGAAAAGUACAACCCACCUCCAGUUGGCGAGCUUCCUACGAUUAUUCAGAAAUCUAUUUAAUCCAGUUUGAUUUUGCUACUCUAAUCUCAUAAAAAUGUGCAUGUGCUAGUAAAUGUCCAUAUUAUCUUAUGUAUUGCAAGCACUGUGGCAAAGGAUAGACAAUUCACUAGAGAUCUGAUAACAUUGAUUUUUAUGGGCAACUCACUUCAGAAUAUUUCAGAUGUUUGGAAUACAGUAAUAAAAAUUAAAAAAAGAUAAAAUUGUGGCUGAAAGAAUGUGAGUUUUUAGUUUAGUUUAAUUCAGAUUCAAUGCGGAAACAGGCCCUUCGGCCCACCUGGUCCACGCUGACCUGCGAUCCCCGCAUAUUAACACUGCCCUACACACACUAGGGACAUUUUUUACAUUUACCAGGCCAAUUAACCUACAUACCUGUGCGUCUUUGGAGUGUGGGAGGAAUCUGAAGACCUCGGACAAAACCCACGCAGGUCACGGGGAGAACGUACAAACUCCAUACAGACAGCACCCGUAGUCGGGAUCGAACCCGGGUCGUCGACACCGCUUUCGCUGCAAGGCAGCAACUCUACCGCUGCGCCACCGUGCUGCCCUAAAAUUUAAAUUUAUUUUAAAUUUUUCCUCGCUUUGACAUGGGUGCACAUACGGUAUUUCACUUCCAUGAUGAGGAAACAUCAGAAGAGAAUUUCAAAUAUUAAUCUAACCUUGUCUAGAAUAUUAUUUUCCAGCCACGUUUGCUGUUGCAGUCAGUGAUUAGCAGUAUUGAAUUUCAUAUUGCACUGAUGAAUAAUGAAAUGGCCAAGGUAAUCAUAUGCAAUCAAGAUCAGAAAAGCUGAUUAAAUAACUGAGAUUUUGCAAAAGAGCCAGUGUGUGUUAACCAGUUCUGAAUAAUGUACUUGGCAUUGAUGUCUAUAGAAAUGGAAAGCUGCAAAUGCUUGUUCACAAGUAUAAACGGCUGGAUACAAUAAUGGGAGGUAAAACAAUGAUUUGGAACUGUAAAUUCAUAAUUAGAUGAUUAACACCAUAUGUGAAACAUUUAAGCAGUUCAUUUCUUGGUGAAAUCCAUAAAAGUACUGAACCACUUGCUGUUUAAGAUGCAUUUUGUUAAAGUUACUGGAACUUUUGACAUUGAGUUUCAAAACAAAACAUGGUAAACCUUUUAUCAGGAAAAUGAUUUAAGAGGUCUUGUAUAUAUCUACCACAUUAAUUUCCAAACGUAUCCUUAUAUUUUGCCCAUGCCUUUAUCAUUGGUAUCUUUUGUUUAUUAUCCAUUCUUUACUGGCUUUUAUAAUGCAAUUUCAUUAAGUUUAAAACACUAUGGAUAUGACAUGAACAUUUAAUCUGCAAAAAAUACAAAUUCUGGAGUGAAUAUCGCCAUUAUAUAUAUUUUUAACUUUCAGGAGGGAGGCCAGCAUUUAUUGUUCAUUUCUAAUUGCCCAUAGAAGAUGUUGGAUUGCAGUGCUUCUGCUGAAUAUUGUUGCACAGGGAGAUUUAAUGAUGAAAGAACAUUGGAGGGGCUGCCUUUGUAAAUUGUUAUACAUCAGCAUUGUCACCUUAUCUAAAUAGAUAAGUGACCAUAUUUUGCAUAGUGACAAACAAUAAAGACCAGCAUCAUUUGUACAGUCCAGAGCUGGAUUUAGGAUGAAUAGGCUUCUAGGGACUUAAUAACCUAUCUGCAAUGGCAUUGGGAACAAAGCAACUAAUUUAAUAUCCUUGACUUGUGGAACAUUAACCUUUUACAAUACAUUGUUUUGAUUAUUAAGGGUGUCAUUGAUUAGUAAGGGUGUCGGGUUAUGGGGCGAAGCCAUGAGAAGGGGUUUGAGGGGGAAAGAUAGAUCAACCAUGAUUGAAUGGUGGAGUGGACUUGAUGGGCUGAAUGGCCUAAUUCUUCUCAUAGAACACGUGAACCUAUCAUGGUUUCUUGACUUUGUGGCAUUUCCUUGAAAGCGUCUGUUAUACUAUUGAAUGAAAACAGCCUUAAGAUUGAAUUGCGUUUCAAACAUUGUUCAAUAGGUAGUGGAAGCGGGUAGGGAGACUGACAAACACCUCCGGGAACCACACGGAAACCUUGGGUGGGGCACAAAGUCUCCAGAGGUUUCCGUUCAGGUUUCCUAAGUGGGACAGGGGCAUAAAUUUACACAUGACAAAUGAGGAACUGCAAGGCUAUUAUCAUACAGUUGUAUCCCAAUUUUGUUCAUCGGGUUGAGAAAAGGUAAUGGCACUGGUGUAAAGUCACUAACACCCCUGGUAGUUUAUAAAUACAGAAACUGUGUACCUAGGUAAUUUAGUUUGACCAUAUUUGGAAAGAAGCAUUAAGCACACAUUGUGAGCAAGACUUUAUUGCUUACUGCUAUUGGAGAGAAGAAAGUUAAAGGUAUGCUGGGCUUGUCCACCUUUGUACAGGAAUAAACUAUAUUAGUAUGGCCACACAAAAUCCAUUGUCUGAAUUAUUUUAAACUGGCGCAUCAAUUUUUAAUAAAAUCACAUUUGUUCUAUUUGUUUGUUUUAAGAUCCAAUUUUUUGUUUCUAUUUACCAGAUGAUGGUUGGUAUAAGUGUAAUAUAUCAUGAGCUACCAUCGUAUAUUCAAACUGUUAAAAAUUAGGAAGAAACCCAUGAAGUUGACUUCAAAUACUGCCUGAUAAUCCAGCCUAAAAUGUCAUACAGCAAGAAUUGUACCUAUUAGCAGUUUUCACCAGAUUGACCGCUGGCUUAUAAGGAAGGGAAUGGAGAGAGUUCAUACUCUUGAUCAUAGUCUCUUGGUGAAUCUAGCUGGCACCAUUUUGUAGCUGUAUCAAUACAAUCUGACCUUUACACCAAAAUAUCAAGGAAUUUGACCAGAGUGAGUGCCUACUAUAAUAUAAUAAUGGGAACUGUUACUGUAAUUCAGCUUUGCUUAUUUAAUGUCUGUUGUUGAAUUCUUGAGGACUUGGUACAAAUCGUACUCCAAAAUAAGAUAAUUUACCAUUGCGUUAUCCAAAAGUUGUAUUUUGUCAUACUUGAUUAAUUAAUAAAUCUAUGCUCUUGCCAAGCAGAAUAU